AUUGCUAAUUGCAAUACUACUUCUGCUAAUCCAAUCUAUCUUGCUUUUAUCGAUUCCUUCUGUUUUUCUAUAUAUCUAAACUCUAGGCAAGAAUGGGCGUCUUCACCACCACAGAGGAGUACACAUCUGCGGUUGCUCCAGCGAGGAUGUUCAAGGCUUUGGUCGUAGAUUCUCACAUCCUCAUCCCUAAGCUCGUCCCUCAAUCCAUCAAAAGCGUCGACUUUGUGCACGGAAAUGGCGGUAUUGGCAGCAUCAAGCAAACCGUCUUCCCCGAAGGGAGUCACUUGAAAUUCUUGAAACAUAGGAUUGAUGCCCUUGAUGAAGCCAACUACCACUGCCAAUACACUUUGAUUGAGGGGGACAUAUUGGGUGAUAUUCUUGAAAAAGUUGUUUAUGAGGUGAAGUUCGAGUCUUCAAGUGGUGGGUGUGUUUGCAAGACCACAAGCCAUUAUCACACUAAGGAAGGCGUUGAGCUUAAAGAAGAUGAAAUUAAGGCCGGAAAAGACAAAGCCACAGGAAUGUUAAAGGUCGUGGAAGACUACCUCCUGACGAACCCUGAUAUCUAUGCUUAAGUUUGCUGUGUUGUAUGUAUAUGAGGUAGUAAGUAGCUGGCUAAGUGUACUUAUUUACCUUUUGUUUGUGUGGCUUUUCCUUCUGGGUGAUUUUGUUGUUGGUUUCUAUUUUGGCGAGUUGAGUUUGCCAGAAAAAUAAAAAUGUCCCUUGUCAUGUUAGGGGAUCAUUUGCUUCAUAUGGUUGAUGUCACUAAUAAACCAGAAUUAUUGGUUACUUUGUGGAUUCAAUCACAUCAAGUUAUUCUAUGGGC